UGCGGUUACUUUGGAUGAGUGUGGCUGGAGGAGCAGACAUCACAUAGACAAGAGUGGAGGAGCUCCUGGCACACACACUGCCAUCUCCAGCCACUGGCACAGGACCGGCCCAGGGAUUUAGCAGCAGGCAUUGUCGCCGGGCAUUGGAGUAUAUGGACUUACCUUGUAGAGUUGGAUCAUUCAGUGCACUUUGGAAUCAUCCAUCACUGUGGGCUGGUUCCCCCGAGGAUCAGUGGUGCCAGGUGGGCACAGAGAGCGGAUGCUGGGCUCCCGUGUAAUUCCUGUGCUCGCAUGUGAUGCCUUAGGAUACAGUGUAUCCCAGCUGGAGUUUUCAGUGUGGAGUUGAUUCUUUUACCCCAGAGGGAGGACUGACCGUGUUGGGCGAUCUGGUUGGAUAGGGUGCUGAUUGGCCACUGGACUCGCUGUACGAUCAGGUCCCGGGUUUCUGGAUAGAGGAUUCCACAUUGGCCGGGGUGACACUACACUACUAUGGCACUCAGCAGGGACUCCGUGUGGAAGUACAGCCUGGGAGUGUGGAUCCUGUUGAUCAGGACUGCUAUCUCCAGAUCUGCAAUAUUAGAUCCUAUUUAUUGGAAUUCCUCCAACCCCAAAUUUCUUCCUGGCCAAGGGCUGGUAUUGUAUCCGCAAAUAGGAGAUAAACUGGACAUUAUUUGCCCCAAAGUGGACUCUAAAUCUACUGCCCAAUACGAGUAUUACAAAGUCUACCUAGUGGAUAAGGAGCAGGCAGAAAGCUGCUCUAUAAAAGACAGAACACCUUUGCUAAACUGUGCUAAACCAGACCAGGAUGUGAAAUUUACCAUCAAAUUUCAAGAGUUCAGCCCAAAUCUCUGGGGACUGGAAUUCCAGAGGAAUAGGGACUACUACAUCAUAUCUACAUCAAAUGGCUCUUUAGAGGGUGUGGAUAACCAGCAAGGUGGUGUAUGUGUAACUAAAGCCAUGAAGAUCCUUAUGAAAGUUGGGCAAGAUCCUGCUUCUCCAGGUUUUAAUCGGGAUGCAGGUCCAUCUAGACAUCCAGAUGAGGAGGCAGGUUCAAAUGGGAAGAGCUCAACCACUAGUCCAUUUGUAAAUAGCCCUGCAAGUUCUAGCACAGAUGGCAGAAACUCCGGACAUACGAGUCUCAUAGGAUCCGAGGUGGCCUUAUUUGCAGGGAUUGCUUCAGGGUGCAUCAUCUUCAUUGUCAUCAUAAUCACUUUAGUGGUGCUUUUGUUGAAAUAUAGAAGACGACACAGAAAGCAUUCGCCUCAACACACAACAACUUUGUCCCUUAGUACAUUAGCCACACCAAAGCGCAGUGGCAAUAAUAAUGGUUCAGAGCCAAGUGACAUUAUCAUCCCUCUAAGGACUGCAGACAGUGUUUUCUGCCCCCAUUACGAAAAGGUCAGCGGAGAUUAUGGACAUCCUGUUUACAUUGUGCAAGAAAUGCCACCACAGAGUCCAGCAAAUAUUUACUACAAGGUCUGAGGAUAGUGGUGGCACCUUUUGACAAUAUUAUGGACACGAAAGGUCCGUUGCUUCCUGAUGGGGUUUUUUGGUGAUUCCUUAUGCAUAAACAUGGACUUGCAUUGGGGACCAGGCACAAGCGAAAACCUUUCUUCAGAGAAAGCCUCUUUAAGCUGCACAGCUUAUGGGAUCUGAUGGUUUCUGUGAAAAGUGCUUAUUUCAAGCUGGAAGACUAUAAGAAAAAUACCCAUUCUGAAAGCUAUACCCUGGUCAUGUUCACUCUCCUUUUAAGCCAUGAGCACCAGGCAUCCAAGCGUAUACAAAACCAGGUUAAUACAGACAGAAUCACCGACAAUUUUCUUAUUUUUCAUUUUAGGCAUUUUAAAGAUGCUUUAGAAUAUUUAUCUUGAAAUGCAAUCUUCUGAUUUAAUAUCCAUUGACUUUCUCAGUGCAUACUGGAUUUGUCAGAAACGUGUGUGUAAGACUUGUGGUGAAACACAACAAAAACUGCAUUUUCUGCUUUUUUUUUUAGUCCAUCACUGUUUCAUUUUCUCUGUGUUCUAGGAUAACUCUAUCCUUCACAUAAGACUUCUUUCACUCCACCUCCUAGAUCACUAAUGGAACAUUAACCUUUGUAGACUCUUGCUCCAUCUAUUUCUACUGCAGUCACACUCGAAUGGGUAAUAUAUUAUGGAAAUUGUAUUUGCUAAUACAGAGCCUUCCAGCAAAGAAGUCAUGGCUGUCAGCAAGUCCAGGGGUCCAUAGGAUGAGCUGUUAAACACAGUUAGAUGCUGCUGCCUCUGAUAUUGGGCAUAGGACAGAAACCUAUACAGGCAGCGAAGCACUUUGAUAUCUUAGUUUUAGAGAGACGAAUGAAAUGCAGUGGAGUAGGACUGCAGCUAAGGGAAUUCUGUCUGUCUAGUAGCAGUGUGCCAAAGUGCAGAAUACCUUCACGAUGAGGAUAUUUAGACAAAUGCAUAAGCAGGUAGAGAAGGACAAUAGUAAGUGGUUCUGAGGCUAGACUGUUGGAGAUAUAGGCAAUAAGAGGAUGUUGUAUGAAACUCCUAGUCUGUUGUGACUGAGCUUAUAAGCAGACUCAGGUGCUAUACUGACCACAUUAUUCCUCAUCUUAGGAAAAGCUUUCAAUAGCAGAAAGCCAAAUCUGACCUGUGAGGUCACAGCAGAGCAAAUAUUCCACAUGUCCGCUUAAAUUAUAAUUUUUUUUUUUGUAUAUUUGUGAGAAAGCCAUGUUACCUGGCCCUUUUAGAAUGAAUGAUUGGACGGACACAUUAGCUGUGCGGUCAUACUGUCCCACAGGAGUGCGGCAUAGGAAUCUCAGCUGACAUGGCAUUUCGCUGGUGCUCUAUUUCAAAGAAAAAAAAGCACAUAUGGCAAACAUUUUACAGUUCUUAGGUAUAAAAUAAAUUAUUAGUAUGGAGAACAGGAAAGAAUUAAAAAAGACUUAUUUAAUAGGUGUAUAGCACACAGGGGAUAUAUAGUAAAAAGAGGAAAAAAAAGAAAAAAGAUUUUACUAAUAUAUAAUUUAAUAUUGCACAGCCUGCCCCGCCAGAAGAUAUAAAAUCCAGUUUUUCAGCAAUCUCAACUGUUGGCAUUACAGAACAGAGUCGGUUGCUGCUUCUGGGGGGGUGGGGGUUAAAAACAACUGUAGUCCAAAAAUAACAAUAGUGAGAAAAAAAGAAGGAAAAUAACAACGU